GAAUCCUGCCUGUUGGUCAUGAAGUUGGGCGUCUACUCAGUCCUUCAUCCUGUUUAACAAUACCCUGUUGAAGACUUUUCCCGGUAUUGAGAGAAGAGUGAUGCCACUGUAGUUAUCACAGUUGCUGAGAUCGCCUUUCUUUGGUAUUUUGAUCAGAAGUCCUUCUUUCCAGUUUGUUGGUACUUGUUCCUCAUCCCAAAUCUUAUUGAAGAGAAUGUGGAGUAUCCUUGCAGUUACCGCCACGUCUGCUUUCAGUGCCUCUGCUGGAAUGUUGUCUGGUCCUGCUGCUUUGCCACUCUUGAUUUGCCUGAUGGCCAUGCUGAUUUCUUCAAUUGUUGGUGGGCCAACAUCGAUUGGGAGGUCCGUGUGUGCUGCUUCGAUGUUGGGUGGAUUCAAUGGGGCCGGUCGAUUCAAGAGUUCUUUGAAGUGUUCUACCCACCUGUUUCGUUGCUCUUCAAUGUUGGUGAUUACCUCGCCUUCCUUGCAUUUCACUGGUCUUUCUGGUUUGCGGCGAUUUCCAGAGAGUUUCUUUGUCGUGUCAUACAGUUGUCUCAUGUUUCCUUCUCUUGCAGCCUUUUCCGCCGUCAAUGCUAAAUCUUCCACAUAUUUACGUUUGUCGGUUCUGAUGCUCCUCUUCAUCUGUUUGUUUACUUCUGUGUAUUCAGCUUGUGCCUUGGCUUUUUCUGCCCUUGUUCGUCUGGUAUUGAUUAUUGCUUUCUUGUUCCUCCUUUCUUGAAUCUUAUCCAGUGUAUCAACAGUGAUCCAUUCCUUGUGAUGGUGCUUCUUGUGGCCCAGGACCUCAUGAAAUGUUGAAGUGAUUGCCUCUUUGAUCCCCUUCCAAUUGCUCUCCAUAGUAGUUCCUUCUCCAUUGAGUAGAUCAUGAAAGGCCUGGAACUUAUUGCUGAGGACUACCUUGAAUUUGUUGAGUUUGUCAGUGUCCCGAAGAAAAGCCGUAUUUAACUUUUGCGAUAUUGUCCGCCCCGUUGUCCAGUGUUUCUUGAGUUUCAAUUUCAUCUUGGCGACCAGCAAGUGAUGAUCUGAUGCUAUAUCAGCUCCUCUCUUGGUUCUCACGUCUUCCAUCAUCCUCCUGAACUUUUUGUUGAUGGUCGAUUUGGUUUUGUGUUGUGUGGUCCGGUGAAGUCCAUGUGGUUUUGUGUGUGCGUUUGUGUGGGAGUAUAGUUCAGCCUAUGACCAGUUUAUUGAAGCCACAUAGGUUUGCAAAUCUCUCACCAUUUUCGUUCCUUUCUCCCAGUCCGUGUUGUUCCAUGAUGUCUUCAUAUCCAGUGUUGUCCGUUCCAACUUUGGCAUUGAAAUCUCCCAUCAGAAUGGUCAGGUCCUUUGUUGGGCACUUCUCGAUGAUUUACUGCAGCCUAUUGUAGAAUUGAUCUUUAGCGUCUUCGUUGUAGUCGUUGGUAGGCGCACAGCAUUGUGUGAUGUUCGUUGUAAUGCCCUCUUCCUUUGUUUUGAACGAGGCUUUGAUGAUCCUUGGUCCAUGAGAUUCCCAUCCUAUAAGUGCAUUUUGUGCUUGUUUGGUCAGCAUCAAUGUAACUCCUUGUGUAUGUGGGGCGUUUUCUUCUUCAUGGCCGGAGUAUAUCUGGAGCUCUCCUGAAGUUAGUCGUUGUUGUCCAACUUGCGUCCAAUGUGUUUCACUGAUCCCAAGCCCCUCUAGGUUGUAUCUUCUCAUUUCUGCAGCAAUUUGGAAGGCUCUCCCGAUGUCCCACAUUGUACGAACAUUCCAUGUACCUGAAUAAAUGGUUGUUCUGGUUGUGAGAAGGGGUAUCGGCCUCGUAACUUCCGAAGGAAUUCGGGUUUCAUUAUGAGGCGUCAUAGUUCUUCUAAAAGAAGACCUUCUGACUCCCAGGGCAGAGUUUAAAAGGUUUGAAUAAUUUUUUCUGGUUAGCGUUUUUUAGCAAGUUAUUUUUCUACGGGAUGGGGACGCUAACCCCAUGCUCAACCCUCCUCCUUUAUCCGGGCUUGGGACCGGCAGUAGCCCCCGGAGUGACUCCAGGCGGAGUUUACUGAAGAUCCUGUGAGGGAUUUAAAAAGUCAUUUUAUAACACAUGUUGAACAUGUAUGGGGUGGUUAAUUAUGACCAAACGUCUUGUCCAAUCCAGUCUAAUUAUCAUUUUUAUAAUAAAUUGUUUCGGUCUUGAACACUUUUCUGAUUAGCUGAUAACUUGUUCAAGGUCGUCGAUAUGUUCUGAUUAUAGUAUUCGGGACCGCUCUUACUUCCUUCCAUCCUCAUUUUUCGCAAUUCCAUGUAUUUUAGCAUGUUAAUCACACUCCGGAGUUUAAAACUACCUGUGGUCGUAUUGAUGUGUUUUUAGUGUGUAAUUAAACCCCUAAUGGUUCUCCCUCGUGGUCUACUGAAAAUCCACGGUCGUUUCCUCCAUAUUUAUGGCCGUGACAUUCCAUCCAAUAUCCCACUGCCCCCAUACAUCACAAAUAAGGUUGACCUGACGCUAUCUACAAUAGCUGUGCAGAGUGAACGUAAUAUCAGUGAAUGUAAACGAGCAGGUUCAGUAAUCCGCCAGAUAUUUAAUGAUCUUGAAAAGUUUAUCAGACCGGGUUUGUCUACUCAGGAUAUUGAUGAUUUCGUAUUUAAUCAGUGUCUGAGUAAGUCAGUCUACCCAUCGCCGUUAGGAUAUAAAGGUUUCCCAAAGUCGGUCUGCACGUCGGUAAAUGAAGUUGUUUGUCAUGGAAUCCCAGAAGAAUCGCAAAUACUAAAAUUGGGUGACAUUAUGUCGGUGGAUAUAUCAGUUUAUAAUGGUUAUGUCCAUGGUGAUGCUUGUCACACCUUUGUAGUUGGUGUGGAUAGUUACUCUGAUUAUUGUGAUCUGGAAGCUGGUGCACGGAUAAAAACUGCUGUCUACUUGUGCACUGUUGCUCAAAAGUGCCGUGAUGCUGGUAUCAGUGUUUGCGGCCCAAAUGCUCUCUAUACAUCUAUUGCGGAAGCAGUCACGAAAUGCGCCGAUGCAUUUCAGUGCCGGGUUGUGGUAGGCGUAUGUGGACAUGGAAUCGGCCCAUUUUUGCAUGGACCACCAAAAGUAGUACAUUCAAUCCAUGAGUUAGCUUCCCAACCACUGGCACGUAUGCUACCUGGACAUACGUUCACCGUUGAACCAUGUAUUUCUCUUCCUCUCAACAAGUCUGGGGUAAAAUUCAAACGGAACACAAGUUUCGCAGUUCCUGUUAUCUUGGAAGAUGGAUGGACAGUGGUCACUAGUGACAAAGCUUUGACAGCUCAGUUUGAACAUACCAUUUCAAUUACAAAUGAAGGUUGCAUAAUACUAACGUGAUUUAUAGUGUUUUUUUCUUUAUCAAUGGAUUCAUUCUGUUGUUGCGUUGUUGAAGUUGAUCUAUGACUCAAUAAUUUCUAUAUUUACUGGUACAUAGCUUAAUUUUACUCAUUUGUAUUUUAGAAGCGAUACUCGAAAGUAUACUACUUUUGCAUACAAUUCGCUUCUAUGUUAAUUUGUGUUUCAACUGUCCCAAAGGAGAUUUUUCCACGUAUUACUAGUUUGACAUUCUACAGAUUAUCUAGGUAUUCCUAACCACUCAAAGUGCAUAGUUCACAUAUAUUUGUAAUCAUUCAAAAAAGGUGGGUCUCUUGUAUUUAGCCAGAACGAUGAAUUUAAAGUGAUAAUACUGUCUAUAAUUUUAAAAAUAUCAAAUAUAGAGAAAUGGUUCGAGAAGCACCAAUGGAUUAACUCAUUAAGAAGUAUAAGAUGGUGUUAAUGCGUACGUUCUGGAGAGAGGGAAAUAAUGCAUCUGAAUUUCGAUCCAUAUCACCCAUCUCUAAGCAUCGGUUAUAAUCAUCAAUCUGAGUCCAGCUAGAGGUAUAAACCUCUCCGACCACACGGACCACUCCGAUACUGACGUCACUAGUUAGUUCCGCACCUUAGCCUGAUCGACCUUAGCUUUCUAGCUCACCUAGUCCAAAAACUCGGUUUAGGCGCUGUCUAAAAAUUCGUAAUGCAUGUCUCAACCAACCUAAUCGACAAAGAUUCACAACGAAUUUGGGGUUUUCGCGUACUUCUCUACAUGUGAUCUUAGGUCUACUAAGCAAAGACACCCAUAACUAAAUACUAGUAGCCCACACCUAUAUCUUGCCUUUAAAGACAAUGUUUUAUAGCCAUAGAAUAAAACUAAGCUGAGUGCUUUUCAGUACACUCAUCCUUUGCUCAGUCAUUCAUAACCAACGUAGGAUAUAUAUAAUUUAGCCCCAGCAACCAUUACACAUGAGAUGAAUCUAAUACGAGAAAUGACAAAUAAUAGUAGUACCACUGGUCGAUAAGAAAAUUAAAUUAUACGGUUCGAGAAGAGAGGAUGGGUCUAAUGAAUAAGUAUUAAGCAAUAACACUGAAGUCCAGGAAUUAGCGAUGAUAACUAGUGAGUCCAUGAAAUUCAUUGUGGCAGGUUUUGAGCCAUGCCACUCUACCCUGAUUGGGGUUAUCGUACGGAUCUACAUCAGGUAGCCUGUACUUAUCAUCGCUUCUCCGACCAAUUAGUGGAUCAAUCCAUAGAAAUGUAGACCAAAGAUAUGUUUUUUUCAUUUAUGAAGUAUAGUAUUUAGUCAAUAAAUUCACGGCGAGCUGUGAAACUUAGUCAGUUUCUUCUGUUGCGUGCUCCGAUUAAGCACUGAAUGGUCAUGUCGAUCAUGCGGUCAAUAAAUGUCCAGUACAAUGAAUUUUUAGUUCCUGGUUCGUGCUGUUUUUCAAUGGUGAAAAUACGAUUGAUGUGGAGCACUCAUGUCCAUGGUUAGAUGUUGGAUGUGGUAAUUAUUAUAUUCCUAAAUAUAUCAGCCAUGCCACGAGAAAACGUGUCUUCAGAUGUAAGUUGAUAUAACAUGCUGCAUUCGCCACUCAGAAUUUCGGUUGUGAUCUUUCUAACCCUCCUCUGCUAUUCCAACAGUAGCGUAGCGUCCUUAACUGUCAACGAUGAUGCAUUCUGACGAAGACAGAAAACGUUGAGCAAGCCUAAUCCACACUACACCUGGUGGCCUAUCUGCAAAUUUUAAUCUAUUCCUAUACUUGAGUCUAGAGUUGAGCUUUUAUUAUAUUUAAUCACACAGCAUAGCAGCCAUCUCAUAUAUUCAUUAGAUUAUACACACGAAUUUUUAGACCGCUUAGCACACCAAGCAAGAAAUCACACUUUGUACACAAUCAUGUUAUAAUUAGCAGGGGGUAAAGCAGACAGUAAGUAGUUACUUAGCAAUGACUAAGGAGUAGUAAAAUGUGUGAAAGUAUCUAAUAGGUCCAUUCGAAGCUUAUAAUAAGUAGAAUAUGGGGAUACACCAAUGCAGUUACCUUAUUAUACAAGAAGAAUAUAAAUAAUAAUCUGUAGGAUGUGAGUUUGUGUGUGACAAUGCCGAAGUAGGACUCCGUUUCAAGUAGAAUAGGAAUUGAUCAGAAACUUAAUAAUAAAUAUAUUUUCGUGGUAUCCCAGUGAGUCAGAAAUGCAACUGGCUGUUCAUUUGGAUACCACGGAAAUAUAUUUAUUAAUAAUCUGUAGGAUAGUUCCAAAGCUCCUAAAUUUUUAAAUACUCGUUUCACAAUGACAUAAAGAUUCUAUUCAUCAGUACCAACGCAGAAAUAGGCUUUUGAAAUACCAAUCACAAAUACGGCGCUGUAUAAUGCAGUGUAGUUUUUAU